AAAUACUUCUUCGGAACCGCAACAGAAAAAUGGCCUCAGGACAAAGCCAUCAAACGAUUCAAACUGCCCACAGGAGAGGUCAUUUCCUGCAUCCUGUGGAACAACCUUUUUUUCAUCACCGGCACCGACAUCGUUCGCUCUCUCACCUUCCGCUUCCAUGCCUUUGGCCGUCCUGUCACAAACCCAAAGAAGUUCGAAGAAGGCAUCUUCAGCGACCUCAGGAACCUAAAACCAGGAACCGAUGCCCGUCUAGAAGAACCAAAAUCAGAACUUCUCGACAUGCUCUACAAAAACAACUGCAUCCGUACCCAAAAGAAACAAAAGGUCUUCUUUUGGUAC